CCGAGGGAAUCGGGCGGCGCGGGGACUACCGGGGCGUGGGAGUCGCGGGCAGAGGGGUGGCUUUUUGAAUGAACUGGGGCUGGGGACUCUGGAGAGCACUCCGGCUGGGCGUGGCGCACGGAGGCCGACCGCCCCUCCUCGGGGAUCUCCGGUCCCCGCGGCAGCAGGAUGUGGUUGUUGGAGAGCCGGCUGGAGCGCUUUGCGUAUUCUCGAGAAUCCCGGCGUGGGGCGGGGGUUGACUUGGGAGCCGGCCUGACCUUGUGCCUGGCGCCUUUUCUUUGGCACCUGUUGAUGAAACCAGCGAUUGCCCUUUGGUUUGUGUCGGCGGCGCCACUCCUGGAUUGGAUGGGGACCAAAGCCCCAGAACAUAGGCUCUGGAGAAACUGCUGAUGGCACCUUUGUCCCACGUAAAUACUUGGUCGAGAGGCAUGGGUACUGCAAUGUAUAGAACUUGUGAGCAAAUUUACCGUGACUCUACCUUUAUGCUGUGUUAGAUCCUGUAAGCCAGCGAAUUUCACCUAUGGACUUCAGAAGCCUUGAAACUGGCAUUGUGCUACGUAUGGGGUUUAGAACAUUAUCUCACUUAAUUUUCACAAUUCUACUAAAGAGCUAUUAUUGCCCCCAUUUUGCAGAUGAGCCAACUGAGGCUCGAAGAGGCUAAGAAAGUUGCUUGCUAAGGUGACACCGUCCACCUGACUUUCAUGUGGCUGUUUCUAUAACAUCAUUCAAUGCGUGGCUUCCUGGUAUCGCUAACCUCCUGGGUCCCUUGUUUUGUGCUAACCAUUAUAAGGAAAGCCUGGGUAGCAGCAAAGCACGUGAAACCAGACCUGAUUGUUAGACUUGUAAAUGUGGACACGGGAGAGUAGGCGCCCACCAGUAGGCGUCCAGCUGUAGCAGUUUCCCGGUAUUCCGAACUAAACAAGGUGCAGCGCGGGGUAACGUGCACUUGAGGUGGUCGCAAAUGCAGCAGGCAGUCACGGCUCGCAGAUGCCUCUAGCCUUGUUUUCACGUUUAUAUGCACCGACUCCAGUUCAGAUGUAUGUCUUGGAAGGACUAUCUCUUUCUGAUUCCCUGAUCGUUUCAUUAACAUGCAUUUGUCCAGCUUGUUCUCAGUCACGUGAUUACUAAAACAAUGUCUCCACUAUUCUCCGCAUCAAAGGUGUGCAGCGAAUUGUAGACUAAGUUAUUUUCGGAUCAUUCCAAUUUGUGCUGUCCUGAAGAGUCUAAGUUUGGUCGUUCGGUAUGGCCUUGAAAAAAAACCACAGAAGUUUCCAUUCCAUUUUAGAUGUCUACUUCAUGCCACGUUUAUCAGAAGCGAAAGAUUAAUUUCACGGUACAAAACUACUGUUUCUUCAAAGAGAUUAAAAUGUCCUUCAGUUGGAUUACGGCAACAGUACGCAAGGUUCAUACACAUUUAGGAGUUCUUUGAAGCUGCUUGGAAAAAAUACUUUAUUUUUUCAAAAGUGAAGAUUUAAAAAUGAUUAAUGACAGUAAUGUAGUGCAUAUUUUCCAUCAGGAGCUGAAGUUUGGGCUGAGGUUUACGACACGUUGGUGAUUACUGUAUACCAGAUUUUAGAACAGAGAGUGUGAAGAGGAAUUGGCUCGUCCUCAACUCAUGUGCAGUCCACAUUCGUCAUUUAACCUAGCAUUCAUUUUUCAGUUGAAAACUUAAAUUUUUUUUUUUUUUUUUUGAAACAGAGGCUGCUUCUGUCGCCCAGGCUGGCAUGCAGUGGCACAAUCACAGCUGACUGCAGCCUCAACUUUUCAGGCUCAAGUGAUCCUCCCGCCUCAGCCUCCUGAGUAGCCGGGACUGCAGGCUCAUGCCACCAUUCCUGUCUAAUUUUUUCUUUUCUUUUUUGAUGAGGUCUCACUGUGUUGCCCAUCCUGGUCUGGAACUCCUGGGCUCAGGCGAUCUUCCUGCCUUGGUCUCCCAAAGUGUUGGGAUUACAGGCGUGAACUACUACGUCUGGCCUGAAAACUUACUUUUUAAGAAGUCUGUUUUGUUUAAGUGAAAUGAAACUAUUUUUAAAAAGCAGCUGUAGCAUUUGGUGACUUUGCUGGUCCAGAGAAGGAUUGUAGGAGAGAGCCUUCUGUUACUAGAAAGUCGUUUCAAACUUUCAAAAUAUCCUCCAUGCAUCACCAUUGGAUAAAAUGGCUCUGAACUUGAAAUUCCCAUCUGUGUUCUAAAGGGCUAGCUAGCUGUUUCUUUGAGAAAGUUAAUUUGUGUGUGUGUGUGUGUUUGAGAAGGAGUUUUGCUUUUAUUGCCCAGGCUGGAGUGAAGUGGCGAGAUCUCAGCUCACUGCAACCUCCACCCCCCAAGUUUAAGCGAUUCUCCUGCCUCAGCCUCCCCAAUAGCUGGGAUUACAGGCUAACAUCACCAUGCCCGGCUAAUUUUUGUAUUUUUAGUAGAGGCAGGGUUUUGCCAUGGGGCUAGGCUGGUCUUUAAUCCUGACCUUAGGUGAUCCACCCGCCUUGGCCUCCCAAAGUGUUGGGAUUACAGGCAUGAGCCUCGGCACCUGACCCGAGAAGAUGAAUUUUUACAAGAAGAUUGCAAUCUCUACUUUUGUAUGGGACAGUACCCUUGCGGCAGCUGGUGUGGCUAGUGGUCUAAUGUUGACCUUUCACCUUUUCCCUUGAGGCUCAGGGUUGGGAGGGGCUUCCUGUUCUCUUCAGCUGUGGUUUUCCUGUGAUGGGUCCUCCCAGUUAGUAAUGAAGGGCCGAGAGGCUGAAGUUGUGGGUAAUUGCUUGGUGGGUAAUGGUCUUUCCUGGCCCUUGAGUCAUUCUACCUUCUGUCCUGCUCUGCUACAGAUACCCACAGCUGCUUUCCUAGGGCCCAUAGGAGAUGAGGGGCAUGGGCCUGAUGACCAUAGGUGCUGACCCUUCACAGCACAUUUUAUUCCUGAGGGAUCUCAACUGGAAAAGUGCCUCUCACCAAAGGGGCCGGGUGCUUCCUUAUCAUUUUCAGGCAAUGCCUGGAGACAGUCAGGGGCUUGAGCUGGGCUGUAAUUUUUAGGAAAACUGAUGGUGCAUGAUUCGUGGACUGUUGGACUCCUCCCUUCUGCACCUGUCCUCACCUGUGCUGUUCUAGAGUGAGCUCUUCACACGAGGCCAUCUGGACUGCUAGCAGGAUUGUUGAAGGAAUCGUUCCAAAUUCCUGCUUCUGAAAGAGUUAGGUUGUGAAUCUAUCUUUAAAGCAGAUCAGUGGGAGCAGAAAUUCCAGAGGCAGAAAAGUCAAACAUAUUGGCACCCAUUUAAAAGAUUUUUAUGAAGUCUCGGGGACCUGAUUGGGGCGGUAGGAGGCCUUCUCAGCACAGGUGGGAAGCCCAGUAAUUGGUACCAGGUUCUCCUGCCCACAGUCCACAAUUAGCAAACAGAUGUUCCCUUAUUUGCACAUACAAAAACCUUCCUGUCUCUGUUGUCAACUUAGGGAAAAGUGCUUAUUGUUAACAGAUUUUGUUUAUUUUCAGAGUGAGCCACUGUGUUCCAAAGUUCAAGGUUCUCCAAUAGCCCCCAGGAAUGGUGGCCUGAGGGUGUCCCUGUAACACUCUGGCUGUGUGUGAGUGAAGCCUGCCUCCUGCUCCCCAGCCUGGCUUUGCUGUUCGGUGGCUGGGAGGCAGGGAUGGGGCAGGAGGCUUGAGAGACUUCAUUAAGUUAAUUAAUGGGUGUCCCUAAAUUACUCUGAGCUUCUAGGGAAAGGUUCUGUGUAAACACCAGGCCUCGAGGUUCUCUCAGCUGUUGUUUGUGCAGAGGCCACACCUCCAGUUUAGCUUUGUUUGAAUUGGUGAGAUGGCCCCAGGGCGGAGCAGGGCGCAGUGUGAACUGGUGCCUAGGUCACUUUCUCAGGCUUUGUGGCCAGAUUUCUUGGGUCACGGACUGGAAUUCUGAUCCACUAAGAGCACCAGAGAGGAUCAGAUAAGUCACCAUUUGAUAAAUGCUCCUGGAUGAAGUGGGAACCACAGGCAGGAGUGCUGUGGUGCAAUCUCGGCUCACUGCAACCUCUGGAGGUUCAAGUGAUUCUCCUGUCUCAGCUUCCCGAGUAGCUGGGACUACAGCUCCGGAAGAAAAGGAAGUCAUUAAAGGACAGUAUGGCAAGCUCACGGACGCGUACGGCUGCCUGGGGGAGCUCAGGCUGAAAUCUGGUGGCACAUCUCUGAGCUUCCUGGUGCUGGUGACAGGCUGCACAUCUGUUGGCAGAAUUCCAGAUGCUGAAAUCUACAAAAUCACUGCCACCGACUUUUACCCUCUUCAGGAAGAGGCCAAGGAGGAGGAGCGCCUCAUAGCCUUGAAGAAAAUCCUCAACUCAGGGGUGUUCUAUUUCUCAUGGCCCAACGACGGGUCUCGCUUUGACCUGACUGUCCGCACGCAGAAGCAGGGGGAUGACAGCUCUGAGUGGGGGAACUCCUUCUUCUGGAACCAGCUGUUGCACGUGCCCUUGAGGCAGCACCAGGUGAGAUGCUGUGACUGGCUGCUGAAGGUCAUCUGUGGGGUGGUCACCAUCCGCACUGUGUACGCCUCCCACAAGCAGGCCAAGGCCUGCCUCAUCUCUCGCGUUAGCUGCGAGCGCGUCGGUGCCCGCUUCCACACUCGCGGUGUGAACGACGAUGGCCAUGUGUCCAACUUCGUGGAGACAGAGCAGACGAUUUACAUGGACGAUGGAGUGUCAUCUUUUGUCCAGAUCAGAGGCUCGGUUCCACUGUUUUGGGAGCAGCCAGGGCUUCAGGUUGGCUCCCAUCAUCUGAGGCUACACAGAGGCCUGGAAGCCAACGCCCCUGCUUUUGACAGGCACAUGGUGCUUCUGAAGGAGCAGUACGGGCAGCAGGUGGUCGUGAACCUUCUGGGAAGCAGAGGCGGAGAGGAGGUGCUCAACAGAGCCUUCAAGAAGCUGCUCUGGGCUUCUUGCCAUGCAGGCGACACGCCUAUGAUCAAUUUUGACUUCCAUCAGUUUGCCAAAGGCAGAAAGCUAGAGAAAUUGGAGACCCUCUUGAGGCCACAGUUAAAGCUGCACUGGGAGGACUUCGAUGUGUUCACAAAGGGAGAGAACGUCAGUCCACGUUUUCAGAAAGGCACUUUGCGGAUGAACUGUCUUGACUGCCUGUACCGAACCAACACUGUGCAGAGCUUCAUUGCGCUUGAGGUCCUGCAUCUGCAGCUCAAGACCCUGGGGCUGAGUUCAAAACCCAUCGUUGACCGCUUUGUGGAGUCCUUCAAAGCCAUGUGGUCUCUGAAUGGCCAUAGCCUGAGCAAGGUGUUCACGGGCAGCAGGGCCCUGGAAGGGAAGGCCAAGGUGGGGAAGCUGAAGGAUGGAGCCCGGUCCAUGUCUCGAACCAUCCAAUCCAACUUUUUCGACGGGGUGAAGCAGGAGGCCAUCAAGCUGCUGUUGGUCGGGGAUGUCUACAGCGAGGAGGCAGCAGACAAAGCGGGGAUGCUGCUGGACAGCACGGCGCUCCUGGCAGUGACUCCCAGGAUCCUGAAAGCUAUGACUGAGCGCCAGUCGGAAUUCACAAAUUUCAAGCGGAUCCGGAUUGCCAUGGGGACCUGGAAUGUGAACGGAGGCAAGCAGUUUCGGAGCAACCUGCUCGGGACGGCGGAACUGACGGACUGGUUGCUCGACGCGCCCCGGCUCUCUGGAGCUGCCGAGUCCCAGGAUGACAGCAGCCCAGCUGACAUAUUUGCUGUGGGGUUUGAAGAGAUGGUGGAGCUGAGUGCAGGGAAUAUUGUCAAUGCCAGUACCACCAACAGGAAGAUGUGGGGGGAGCAGCUUCAGAAAGCCAUAUCACGCUCGCACAGGUACAUUCUGCUGACUUCGGCGCAGCUGGUGGGCGUCUGUCUUUACAUCUUUGUGCGUCCCUACCAUGUCCCGUUCAUCAGGGACGUGGCCAUCGACACAGUGAAGACAGGCAUGAGGGGCAAAGCGGGGAACAAGGGUGCUGUUGGCAUCCGCUUCCAGUUCCACAGCACCAGCUUCUGCUUCAUAUGUAGCCACCUGACAGCCGGGCAGUCCCAGGUGAAGGAGCGAAAUGAAGACUACAAGGAGAUCACCCAGAAACUCUGCUUCCCAAUGGGGAGAAACGUUUUUUCUCAUGAUUAUGUGUUUUGGUGUGGCGAUUUCAACUACCGCAUUGAUCUUACUUAUGAAGAAGUCUUCUAUUUUGUUAAACGCCAAGACUGGAAGAAACUUCUGGAAUUUGAUCAACUACAGCUACAGAAAUCAAGUGGAAAAAUUUUUAAGGACUUUCAGGAAGGAGCCAUUAACUUCGGACCCACCUACAAGUAUGACGUUGGCUCAGCCGCCUACGAUACAAGUGACAAAUGCCGCACUCCAGCCUGGACGGACCGGGUGCUGUGGUGGAGGAAGAAACAUCCCUUUGAUAAAACAGCUGGAGAACUCAACCUUCUAGAGAGGGAUCUAGAUGUUGACACCAAAGUCAGACACACCUGGUCUCCUGGUGUCCUCCAGUACUAUGGCCGUGCGGAGCUGCAAGCGUCUGAUCACAGACCCGUGCUGGCGAUCGUGGAGGUGGAAGUUCAGGAAGUCGAUGUGGGUGCUCGGGAGAGGGUUUUCCAGGAAGUGUCCUCUUUCCAGGGCCCCCUGGAUGCCACUGUUGUUGUUAACCUUCAGUCACCGACCUUAGAAGAGAAAAAUGAGUUUCCCGAGGACCUGCGAACUGAACUCAUGCAGACCUUGGGGAAUUACGGGACAAUUGUUCUCGUCAGGAUCAACCAAGGGCAGAUGCUGGUGACUUUUGCAGACAGCCACUCAGCUCUCAGUGUCCUAGAUGUGGAUGGCAUGAAGGUAAAAGGCAGAGCAGUGAAGAUCAGACCGAAGACAAAGGACUGGCUGAAAGGUUUGCGAGAGGAGAUCAUUCGGAAACGAGACAGCAUGGGCCCUGUGUCUCCCACUGCCAACUCCUGUUUGCUGGAGGAAAACUUUGACUUCACAAGUUUGGACUAUGAGUCAGAAGGGGAUAUUCUUGAAGAGGAUGAAGACUACUUGGUGGAUGAACUCAGUCAGCCUGGGGUCUCAGACAGUGAAUUGGGAGGAGAUGACCUCUCUGAUGUCCCCAGCCCCACAGCAGUGGCUCCGCCCAGCAAGUCACCUGCACUCACCAAAAAGAAGCAACAUCCGACGUACAAAGAUGACGCGGACCUGGUGGAGCUCAAGCGGGAGCUGGAAGCCGUCGGGGAGUUCCGCCACCGUUCUCCGAGCAGGUCUCUGUCGGUCCCCAACCGGCCUCGGCCACUUCACCCCCCGCAGAGACCCCCCCCUCCAACCGGUUUAAUGGUGAAAAAGUCGGCUUCAGAUGCUUCCAUCUCCUCUGGCACCCAUGGCCAGUAUUCGAUUUUGCAGACGGCGAGACUCCUGCCAGGAGCACCUCAGCAACCACCCAAGGCUCGGACUGGAAUAAGUAAACCUUAUAAUGUCAAGCAGAUCAAGACCACCAAUGCCCAGGAGGCAGAAGCAGCAAUCCGGUGUCUCCUGGAAGCCAGAGGAGGUGCCUCAGAAGAAGCCUUCAACACCAUGGCCCUGAGGGACCAAGCAUCCUCUGAACCAGAGCCCAUACCAGGGGCAGCCAAACCAGAGACCCCACAGGCACCCCCGCUCCUGCCCCGCCGCCCCCCACCCAGAGUUCCUGCCAUCAAGAAGCCAACCUUGAGAAGGACAGGAAAGCCCCUGUCACCAGAAGAACAGUUUGAGCAACAGCCUUGCCAUUUUACAAUCGGGCCCCCGGAGACAAGCCUUGAGACCCCUCCUAUCGCCACAGCCCCUCAAGUCCCUCCUGUUCCCAAACCAAGAACAUUUCAGCCAGGGAAAGUUGCAGAGAGGAGGCCAAGCCACGGAAAGCCAGCAUCAGAUGAAGCCCCUCCUGUGGCAGGAGCCUCUAUGCCACCACCUCCAGAGGCACCAUCUCUUGUGCCCAAAGUCCCCCCGAGGAGGAAGAAGUCAGCCCCCGCAGCCUUCCACCUGCAGGUGCUGCAGAGCAAUAGCCAGCUCCUCCAGGGCCUCACUUACAACAGCAGCGGCAGCGCCUCUGGUCACCCACCUGACACGGGCACUGCCUUCCUACAAGGGGACUUUCUCAGCACUUCCUCUGCUAUAAGCCCCGACAGCAAUGGCACCAAAGCAAUGAAGCCAGGGGCAGCCCCCCUUCUUGGCGAUUAUCAGGACCCCUUCUGGAACCUUCUUCACCAUCCUACACUGUUGAAUAACACUUGGCCUUCUAAGAGCUCAGACCCUUUGGACUCAGGGACCAGGAGCCCUGAAAGGGCUCCCACAGACCCAGCAUCAGCUAGAGCUUCAGCUGCCAAGGCGGAGCUGCCACCAGAUUGUGAACACAACACCUUGGGUCACUGGGUGACCACGGGUGACCAAGACAAGAGGACAGCACUGCAGGUAUUUGACCCACUGGCAAAAACAUGACUCUGCGGCUUUGAAGGCCGCCCUCCUGCAAAAUGCAUACCUUCCUCCCUCCAGGCAUCGCUCCACCAGAAGACACACCUAUUUAAAGGCACACUGGCUAAAACAUUUGUGCAUCUGUCACUCUUGUGUAGUUUACAAACAUUGUGUCUCUUAUUCAGUAAGAUGGUUAGCCACUAAAAGAUACUUCAUUCAAGACUUGUUCAUCUGAAGUUUCCUCUUACAGGAAUGGGAACUUUCCUGUUAAAUUCAGUGUAUGGAUUUUAGGCAAGGACAUCUAGCUGAUGAGGCCCGAGAAGUUCUUGCCCAUUGAAUUUUUAAAUGGUCGUUCAUUUCAUGUUGUCUUUUGUCUUUUGUUUUAUUUGUACUUUACAGAUUUGGAAUAACGUUUUGGAGAGCUGCCUGAAGGCUGAUGUAUAAAGUAAGGAUUAGAGGAAGAGGUCGCUGGGACCAUUAGUAGCUGUCCUGGCCCACUUAAACAAGGUUACAGAAAGUCAGAGUUGGAAGCAGCAAAAAGGUCAACCUCAUGACUAGACUGUACAUUCCCAUGAGCCCUCGUGUUUAACUGUGUCCAUGUGUAUUAACCUUGGUGUGUGCAUCCCCGGGAAGCUGGUGUCAUACACCGUUUGCCUCUAAAGCAUAUACCAUUAGCUUAACCUUAGCUUAAACUAGCUGAAGACUCCUGUGCCAUCUCUUAGACAUUGCAUGCCCUAUCAAUUACUAUAAUCCUGGGCGGUGGCGUGCUACUGAAACCAAUUUUCAUCCACCAUCUAGUCCUUAUUGAAUGAAAUCUCAUGGAUUCUUUGUUCCACUUAUAUUCCAUACGUACCACAUAAAAGCAGUGUGAAAACUCACGCUGGCAUGGGAUAUUGAUUCUCAUUGUUAGAAAAUGGAGAGAAUUUCAGCCUCGUCUGUCCGGCUGGAGCUUCAGGAUGGAAAGUACUAUGUGUCCCUGCAUCUAAGAAUCCCUAGGGCAGUGUUUCUGGGUUUGCUUAUCUCUAUAUUUAUUAGGUUUAUUUCUUGCCUAUUCAUUUUCCCCGCAUUUCCAACACCACUUCUCACCUAUUCGAUAAUUGAAAAAGACAUUACCAUAGUGUUACAUUUUUAUAGUAAUGUUACAAGGUCUAGCAUCCAUUUGGAGCAGAUAUUGUGUUUUGGCUAUUUAAUAAGUUCACUGGUGAAAUCUUAUUGUGUCACUUGUAUGUGGGAGCCUUUCAUGUCAUAGACUCGUACAGCAGUGAUAGAGUGUCGCUCCUCACAUGACUGGGAAUGUCUGUCCUAAACGCUCACCACUAGGAUGGUAAGGAUCAUCUUGCCUGGGCUAUGCCACUCUCUUGUUACCAGUUAGACCUCUGGAAUUUCAGAAUUAGUUUUCAUUGUCACUAUCAAGAUGUACUAUAGAUUACUGAAAUCUGGCAAUCAAAACAAAAGCUACAAUAGGCAUCUCCUUUCAUCUGAAAACUAAUACCAGGGAAAGGAUAAAAGAAAAAGGAAUCUGUGAUACACAGAGCUAGACAGAUAAGAUGCACAGUUGACCAGACAUAAAAGGUGGUGUUUAGGUGAUCAGGAUGCCUUUGGCGGCAUUUAUGUGCUUUGUGUGAUAUUUACCUCCAUAACAAACACAAAAUAAACAGAAUGGUCCUUAAUAGAGUUUAGGGGAGAGCGCAAGAUGGGUUGCUUGGAGAAGCUGAUUUGCCAAGAUGCACAUCGCUACUAAUGAGCAAGAGUCAGAAAUGAAGUGAAAUUGAAGAAUUACUUCAAAUGCUCUUUUCCUUAUCACCUGUUUUCUCACCAAAAAGGAGGUAAAUUUGAAAACAGAUAAAUGUAACAACCAGUCAGGAAAAGUGAGCUCCUCUAUUGCUUGCAGUGCUGGAAAUAGAUCUCAUUUUUAGGUUUUCUCUUUGUUCCAGAGAGCAAAUAAAUGGGACCGAGAAUAAAAUUUGUUAAGAUAGGUGCUCAUCUCCUAAGUAGCUCUUCAGAGUCUGACAGUAAGUAAAAACACACAGAAUUAUGUUGACUUGGGGAAGUGAAUCCAAAAAGUUACAAGGUGUUUAAGAGUUAAAUAUUAUUUGAUCAUGGCUGUCAAAUUUAGUGAACAACACAGAUUGGAUUUUGAGUUGGUAAUAUGUGGUUCUCAAACAGAAUUCUCUUUAAAAAAAAAAAAAAAAGAGGACAAUUGGAAUUGCCUUAUUUUUAAAAUCAAUGCUUACUAGUUAGUAGCAUUCCCAGGUCAGCAGCAGAGUUAAUUAAAUAAUCUUGACAGUGAGCAGCUGCCAUCUUGGGGAGUUCAUCCUGUCGUUUUUUUAAAGGUUUCGUCUUUGAUGCUACCAUUCUUGUAGCUUAUUUUGUUACUGCUGUUCUCUAUUUUGAUGCAGAUCACUGCAGACUGCUUUAGGUACUCGACAGCUCACCACUGUCUCUCUCAUCCCAAGCAUAGGCCCUUUUACAUCACCAUCUUCUCAGACUUCUUGCCUAUUCUUAAAAUUUGUUUUGGUUAAUGGCUGAAUUAGGACAUCAGCUCAAGCGAUUCCUGUAACAGUUUAAAGUUGUUGAAGUUCAAGGCACAUAAUAAAAUUCUUCCUAAUGUGUAUAAGUAUAAGCAAAGUAAUGUAUCAAAGUGUUCAGUUUACAAUGAAGUCAUUUCACUGGGAAGAAAAGCUGCAAAGGUUAUUGAGGGACUAGUGAUUAAUAAAAUCCUGUAAUAUUUUUGAAGUGAAAAUUUGUACUGAAGUUGCACAUGAUACCUAUUAAAUGUUUUUGUCUUUCUU